GUUAUCGCGUUUGUGCAGGCGAAGGUCGAGCCAAGAAUAAUUUGACGGAACCGUCACCGCCGCCGCCGUCACCACCGCAGGAUUUUCCGAUCUGGGGCUCCAAAGCCAAAGUGCGUGCCAUUCGAGUGGUCGCUCGGAAGUGGAAGUGGCUCCUCACGAUUAGCGCAAGUUGUGGUUGCCUCAGUCUUGGGGAGGCCCUUCGCAAAGGCCCUCCAGUACCACCCAGCCCCGAGUUUGUAUUUGUUCGGCUUCACCGUUUGAGGCCCAGUCUGCUCCGGAGACCCGGUGACAUCGUCGGGAGCCCGUCGGGAGCAGCCCAAUUGUGGUCCGGGUUAGCGGCCGGCCAUUUUGAAUCGGCCGAAACCUGUGCUCAAGUGAACGCAUCCUUUCGUCUGUGCUGACGUAGUGCUUCUCCGGUGCGGGUCUGCGCAAAGGAGGAACCCCAGCUGACCGGUUCAAGCUGGGUAACUGCAUCGAAAGUGUUGCCGUGAUCCAGUCCAAGUUUGCCAAGCGCAGCCAGACGAUGACCACGGUGCUGUACUAUCUGCCGCCGUCGCCACCCUGCCGGUCGGUGCUGCUGCUGGCGAAGAUGAUCGGGGUCGAGCUGGAGCUGAAGGUCCUGAACGUCCUGGAAGGCGAGCAGCUGAAGCCCGACUUCGUGGAACUCAACCCGCAGCACUGCAUCCCGACGCUGGACGAUCACGGCCUGGUGCUGUGGGAAAGCCGAGUUAUUCUAACGUAUCUGGUGUCGGUCUACGGAAAGGAUGAAAGUCUGUACCCGAAGGACUUCCGGUCCCGGGCGAUUGUCGAUCAACGGCUGCACUUCGACCUGGGCACUCUCUACCAGCGUGUUGUGGAUUACUACUUUCCCACCAUCCAGCUCGGUGCGUUACUGGACCAAACGAAAAAGGCGAAACUGGCCGAGGCUCUCGGGUGGUUCGACGCAAUGCUCAAGCAGUUCCAGUGGUCGGCGGCAAACCACUUCACGAUAGCAGACAUCGCCCUCGCCGUGACGGUGUCCCAGAUCGAGGCGUUUCAGUUCGAUCUGCAUCCGUACCCGCGCGUCCGUGCCUGGCUGCAGAAGUGCAAGGACGAACUGGAGGCGCACGGUUACGAGGAGAUCAAUCAGGCCGGUGCCAACACGCUGGCCGGACUGUUUCGGUCCAAGCUGAAGCAGUAGGCGUCCGGCGACCUGUAGCUUUCCUAACUUAUUUUUUGAGCUUGUAAUCCACUGAGGCCAGCCAAGCGCCAAUAAACAUUA